AUGGAUGACUUCCUCCAGCAUUUCAGGCUUGAAGCCACGACAAGAGGGAAGCAUACAUUCCAUAGCUUCGACAGGAACGGUAGGAGAAGGGUGGAGAAGUGGACGCAAGAGCGAGAUGUUGGCCGAGGAGCGUACGGAACCGUGUGGCUGCAGAGGCGUGCGAGGUCCAAUGAGGUCCGGGCUGUAAAAGAGGUUGCCAAACACGUUCCUAUGGAUCAUCUGAAAGAAAUCAGGGCGAUAGCGAAGUUCUCGAAGGCAAGGCAAAUAACUGCAAACACUUUACGAAAGCAUUUAUUACAGUUGAUCGCUAACGCUCUGCAGUACACCGAGUAUUUUGCGCAGUUUUUUGGCUGGUACGAAGAUCAACAGUCGUAUUACUUGGCCAUGGAGUACAUGGAACACGGGUCUCUAUAUCAAUAUCUGAGAGUCGUGUCGGUGCCAAUUCCGGAAGAUCAAACAAAGGAAAUCGUUGCACAGUUGCUGGAAGGCCUGCGCUUUAUGCACGAGCACAACUACGCACAUCGAGACCUCAAACCUGGAAAUGUAUUCAUCGCGGCACCAGCUCCUAAUUGGUGGGUCAAAAUCGGUGACUUUGGCAUCUCCAAGCGUGUGACAGACGACACCACGCUCAACACUACUGGUGUUUACACAAAGGCAUACUGCGCGCCCGAAAUGAGAGGAUUUGUCCGGGACCGUUUCGAGACAGACAGCUACGCGUACACAUACGCCGUGGAUAUCUGGUCUCUUGGCAUGAUUGCAUUCGAAAUCUCGACCUUGAAACACCCUUUUCGGACAAAGAACGAUCUGAUAGCCUACUACGACAGUAAAGAAAAGUUUCCCGUGGAGGAGCUCACGGCGAUCCCAAUUUCGCAAGAGGGCAUCAGUCUGAUCUCGAGACUGCUCCAGCCGAGGCCUUCUGCGCGCCCCAAUUCCCAGCAGGCACUUGCAGACCCUUGGCUUCAAUCGCGAGAGUGCAUAAGAGGAGGCGACACCAUGUUCGAAGAUGGCUCUACCGAAGAGACCGACAACGAGUUCGCAUCAGCAGAGGAGACUUCCACGCCGGCCGAGCAUGAUUCUACAGUCAGGGCUCCCAAAGUAGAAGAAACCCACAUGUCUUCGACCUCUGCAAAAAGCCAGAUACCAGACCAUGUCAGUACGGGUAGAACAUCAUCAGUCUCAGGCGAGGAACUUGUGCAUAACCACGAAGACCUUCGUGGCACAGUGGGCACCAACCACAACUCUCCAAGAAACAGCCACUCUAGUGUGGCUGAGGAAACGAUAACAAGGCCCCUCCGAGAAGACGGUGUGGCGCUUAGGAAUUCCCCCAAGGAACAUUCGCCAGCCUCUGAAGGGUCUGGAAGCUAUUUCAUAUAUGAAAUUGCAAGCUCAGACUCUACAAUCUCAGUGAACAAGAGGAUCCAUGGGCGUAGACGGGGGUCGAUUGAUAACUGGCUGGGUUCACAAUACGGAGGCGACCUGAACGAACAAGAAAUUGAAGCACAAAAAAGGGAAAUCAAGAAAGCGAAACGAAAUCUAACGGAAAUGAGAUUGAAUCAACGUAUCCAUCGUUUAGGACGUAUGGAGCGAAUCAAGAGUACAGAAACCAUUGAUGGAAGUAGGGUGGAAAGGGGGAAACGACAACGUGAAGUGCAGAAACCAGUGCAUCCUGCCCGAACAUAUGUUCGGUCCAGAAAAGACAAGAAAGACAAGAGAGCGGAGUCGUCAUGUAUACUGAUAUGA